GGGAGGAAGAGGAGGGACAGAGGAAGGGGAAAAGGAAAGGCAGGAGCGGCAGGAAGACGAGGAGGAGGGAAAAGGAGGAGCGCGAGAAACUUUCACCCCUGGACCCCGCAGGAUUUCCCAUCCCCAGACCUUGGCCUGAUGGAGGAGGAGGAGGCCACGAGGAAGAGGAAGAUGUCCCGGGAGCCGCAGGCAGACACGGAGCUGAGCACGGGGCCCAGGGAGGACAAAUCCCAGCAGCAGAACCUCGUGGGAGAGGCCGCUGUGAGCGGCUCCACGGCACAGGAAUCCAUCGGGCAGGAAAAGCCCCGGAGAUCCCUCACGAGGACGGGCUGCAAACGCAGAUCUCAGGGAUCUGAGGAGGAAAGACCCACCCUGGGUCAGGAAGGUGGACAGAGCUCAGAGCUUGGGGUCCAUGAGCAGCUUCACUAUGGGGAGAAGCCCCACAAGUGCUCAAUGUGUGAGAAGAGCUUCAGGUGGAGAUUCUGCCUGACCCGGCACUUUGUCAUCCACACGGGGGGAACGGCCCUACGAGUGUGGGGAGUGCGGGAAGAGCUUCAGCCAGAGCUCCCACCUGACUGCCCACCAGAGGACCCACACAGGGGAGAGGCCCUACGAGUGUGACCAGUGCAGGAAAAGGUUUUCCACCAACGCCCGUCUGUCCAAGCACCUGCAGACUCACACGGAUGAGAGGCCCUUCCGCUGCCCUGACUGCGGGAUGGGCUUCAAGCACAACCCCAACCUCAUCAGGCACCGGCGCAUCCACACCGGGGAGAGGCCUUACGAGUGUGGGGAGUGUGGGAAGAGCUUCAGGCAGAAAUCCACCCUGGUUGUCCAUCAGAGGGGCCACACGGGGGAACGGCCCUACGAGUGUGGGGAGUGUGGGAAGAGCUUCAGCCAGAGCUCCGAACUGGUCAAACACCAGAGGACCCACACAGGGGAGAGGCCCUAUGAGUGUGAUCAAUGCAGGAAGAGGUUUCACACCAGCUCCCUUCUCCUCAGGCACCAUCGGAUCCACACGGAUGAGAGGCCCUUCCGCUGCCCUGACUGCGGGAAGGGCUUCAAGCACAACCCCAACCUCGUCAAGCACCGGCGCAUCCACACCGGGGAGAGGCCCUACGAGUGUGGGGAGUGUGGGAAGAGCUUCUCCUGGAGCUCUGGCUUGACCCAACACCAACAGAGGCACCACUAAGAGAAGCCCUGUGAGUGCCCCGAGUGCAGGAUCCCCCCUGGAUGAUCCCCAGUGAGCCCCGGUGGGCGCAGCCCCGGUGAUCCGUGGUGCCGGUGAUCCGUGUUGGGAAGAUUCCUGCCUGGGGGCUCCACAUCCCUCUGGCACCUCGUGGCCUGUGUUUGCUUUUCAUUUCUCUUUGUCCAUUCAAAACACCCAAAACCGGGGUAAAAAUAAAGAUGUUGAACUAAGACAAGGACGGGGAACAUGGGGGGAUCUUCCAGGGGAUGUGGGGGAUGCUGAUCAAGGACUCCAUUCCCUGGUCCCCGUGUCCGCUUCUCCCACUUCCCAGUGUCCCCUGUCCAGGGGGUGCUGCAGGGAUCAGUCCCGGCCAGCAGGGGGCGCUGCAGGGAGCAGUCCUGGCCAGCAGGGGGCGCUGCAGGGAGCGCUCCCGGCCAGCAGGGGGCGCUGCAGGGAGCAGUCCCAUCCAGCAGGGGGCGCUGCAGGGAGCGCUCCCAUCCAGCAGGGGGCGCUGCAGGGAGCGCUCCCGGCCAGCAGGGGGCGCUGCAGGGAGCGCUCCCGGCCAGCAGGGGGCGCUGCAGGGAGCGCUCCCGGCCAGCAGGGGGCGCUGCAGGGAGCAGUCCCGGCCAGCAGGGGGCACUGCAGGGAAUGCUCCCGGCCAGCAGGGGGCGCUGCAGGGAUCAGUCCCGGCCAGCAGGGGGCGCUGCAGGGAUCAGUCCCGGCCAGCAGGGGGCGCUGCAGGGAGCAGUCCCGGCCAGCAGGGGGCGCUGCAGAGAGCGCUCCCGGCCAGCAGGGGGCGCUGCAGGGAGCGCUCCCGGCCAGCAGGGGGCGCCCCGGGCCCAGCUCGAAGCCCUCAGGGCCGAUGGUGGCCUCGGCCAGGACAGAGGAGGGGAAAUCGCUCCUUUGUCACUCUCGGCCACCAGGCGGUCCCGGCACCACCACCAGCAGCGGGCUGUGUGGUAGAUAAGGACAGGUGCCCAGAAGAUCUCGGAUGUCACGGAAAGAUAAGGACCCUCUGCCCCCCUCUGAAGUAGUAAAGCCCCCUUUGACUAUUUACCCCAUGAGAUAAAGGAAUAAAUGCCAUU